CAUAAGCCCAACGGCGAGUGUAAAUUUUUAACGAACUUUUAUGCCCGCGCUCUCUUCCCCUAUUGCCAACGGGUUUGAAAGGGACAGAUCCUGCUGGUGGUAGAAUAGAGGGUUGCUUUUUUCUCGCUUUUCUCAUCCCCCUUGCCGAAAAGCGACCGUUUUUCUUCGACACCAACGGACCGACGUGCGCGUACAAACUACACCCGGCGCGGUUUUGCGCAGAAGCCUUCGAACCGUCGCGCAGUAAGGAUGUGUGGUGCGCGUUAGUUGUAAGGAUUUAGGAAAUUCUUUAAAGAACUGUGAUUCGUGAAGAAGAAAAAACGAAUUUGCGCGCCUUUUUCGCAAGCUGUGAAAUAAAAGCGAAAAGUGAAAAGUGUUAAUUGCUUUUUUAAUUAAAGUGCGCCUAACUAAACAAACCACAGAAGAGUGAUAAAAGGUAUCUUGGAGCAUCAUGACGUCACAGCAUAACUACACCAAUCCGGCAUUCUGCCAGCAGAGUGAAUUUUACACACCGCCCAAGACGCCCGGAACGGUGGGAUCGCUUAUGUCGGUUGCGGCCACCACCAGCUCGACGGCGACACGACGCAAUGAGCAGCUAACGCGCUCGUACAAUCGCAUUACGUCGAAGAUCGUUAACCGACAGCACAGUCUCGCUUCGUUCGAUCAACGUGCGCAAUUCGGUGGCUCACCAAUGCCCGGCAAACCGUUGGUCCAGAAACGUCUGCUCGAUCGAUACGGCCCUGUCGGUGGGAAUGGAGUACAGCAACAGCAACAACCACCACCACCACAACCACCAUCGAUGAACGGUAGCACCAGUGGUAGCCGUUACGCAUUAGUUCCGGUGGAGGAGAUUCCCUUCAGUGUGGUGCGCAAGUACAGUGUCGUCAAUGAGACGCAGCUGUCCCUCGGCGUUACGGGAAGUGCAACGCGCAGUGAGGAAUUUCUCGAUCGCGUCGGAAGCGUGCCGAACCUGAACGGUAGAGCACGGGAACAGUCUCGUUACGGUGGCACGGAUGGAAUGAAUCGAACACACGAAGAAGAAGAAGAAGAGGACAACGAUGAUGAUGGUGUGCACAAUCUGUCUGAUCAGUUCCGCAGUUUGCCACCGAUGAUGUCUUCACAUUCAACGGCACUCGAUCAGCAUUCGAGUUCGCGGCUAAAGAACGCAUUCUCGUCCGAUUUCGGUUCGAAAUCGUUCAUACUGUACGAUCAGCGUAAUAAUCAGCGCUUUGAGAUGGUACCGACGGAAGAGGACGAAGAGCUGGUUGAUGAGAACCAAGAGAUAAUACAGAUGCACAAUGGACGGGCGCACCGGUAUGCGAUCAUUCCGAGUAUUGCCGACGAUGAAGAUGAAACGUGUCUCAGUAAUGGUGGUAAUGGAACGGAAGAACCACCGACGGCGAUUCAUCGCACACCGUCGUCCAUGUCGGGACAGCACCGAGGAGUUACAGGAGUCUCCUCGGUACAAGUGUCCCGUCGCGAAACUCCCAAACCAUACAUCCCCGUUGGUGAUGGAUCAGUCACUACGACACCGUCCAAGGCGCAGCCAGGGCGGGAAGAAACAACUCCGAAAAAAAAUCCCGCCACCCAGAAACUGCACGAAUUGCUUACGACACCUCAGAAACCAUCGAAUCCGCAAUGGCGUGGAUAUCCAUCUUCUCCUUCACCGUUCAGUGCUACAACACCCAACACAACGCCGAGACGUGCUGUUCCUGCACCGCCUGCAAUCAUGGUAUCCAGCACACCGAAACAACCACAGCCCCCGGUAAUGAUUCCGACGACCGCCAUCAUAAGCCCACGAUUAAACUCGGACAUCUACAGCGAGAAACCGCUACCGGAUCCGGAAAAGCCGGGCAACUGGGGUACGGCACCGAACGGAUCGAAAUCUUGGCGAAAGAUGGCAAACGCUUCCGCCACAGUCGGUGCCGUUUCGUUAAUGUUGAUCUUGUGCGGUUUUAUGAACUCCGGGCUUAGUCUCUACAUGACGGCAAAGUUGGGCCGCGAGUUCUAUCUUGACAUGGGCAUUCUGGCUGGAUUUUCCGCGAUCGCACUGGGCAUACUGGGCUUCAAGUCUCGUCAAUGUGACUGGCUACCGAAUCGGAACUAUAUGUCAGGUUUUGUGUUGGUGACCAUCUUUUCCCUGUUGAACUGCUGUGCGGAGGUAAUACUGAUGACGAUGCAUCCAUACCCCGGUACGCCGCUGAACGAUGUCACUACCGGCAUUAUUCUGGGUCUGUCCUCGUUAAUAAUCUUGCUGAUCAGUCUCGGUGCAAUCACUUCCCGUUGGUGCCGUGCUCCACCACCGGACAAUCGUGUAGACGUGUGCACCACCGGACCGUGAUCGGGCUACAACACAUGGAGAAAGACAUGGCGGGAAUAACUUUAGACGGAGAAGCCUUAAAACUGUGACACAAAUGAAAAAGUUCUCCCAAAAUCAUACAAACUACCAUUGGUUAGCAUUGCAUAACGAAAUGCGAAUCGUAAGUGGCAUCAUCAACAUAGUGCAUAAUUUAAUGAAGGAACCCAAAAAAUAUUUAUUGUAUAAUGUUUGUUAAUGAGUACUUAAAAGAGAAGAAUAAACCAUACUUGAGAAGCUGGAGAAAAAACAAAACGAGUGCAUGUGUUGAAUUCUGAAAGCGUCGACGGAGUGCGCUAAGAGUUUAUUUCUGCGCCAUCAAUAGAAACCACCUGCCGUCAAUGUGACGAACAGCCGAAUAUUACCCCGGCAAAGCGUUCCGUUGUCGCUUAUACGCUUCAACUCUGUAUAUGUGCGUACAUAACAUUCGUUGCUAAUGGAGCGCCGCACAUUUCGACGUAUGCUGUUUUUUGUGACAUUUUUUUAUUCUCAACUUUUUUUAACGCGUGUCCGGAAGUGCAUUCUGCAUGCUUAAAUUAAUUAUAAUUAUUUACCAAUUCGCGCCGCUUUCGUACGAAUGAUGUGAGAGGACCUAUGGAAAUUCUUGCGUACAUGGUGCAAAAAUGUGACAGGUGCAAUUCAAAAAUCGUUGCUUUGAUGUUUUUUUGUGUUGUUUUUAAAUUUGUGAAGUAAUCAUGCUUUGGAAUAUUACCUGGCCUACUAGGUAUUUAUUCGUUUUGUU